AUGGAUCCAGUGUCAAUCAUAGCUAGCAUUGCUGGUAUAGCGACAGCUGGAGCGCAAUUGUCGACCACCCUUUUUCGUGUCUACAACACAGUCCGCCAUGCUCCUCGAGAGAUUCAAUCCGUCGCGAUAGAGAUGUCAGGAUUGUCUGUCACACUCGAGCAUUUGAAUGACAUCCUGAAGACGGGGAAACCGUACGCAAAACCGUCAUUCUUCGAUGCCGUCAGUCAUGUUGUCAAAAACAUUGAAGCAACUCAAAAAGACAUAUUUAAAAUGGUAAACGAAAAUACCAUGAUUGUCAGAUUCAAAUGGCUCAAAGCUCCCAAGUACUUGUCUGAAAUCGACAAGCAAAAGGUCACUUUGACGCUGCAGAUUAGUAUCCUUUCUGCGGCCAUUUUAGUCAAGUCCAAAAACGAAUCAUCGUCUUCUCUACAAGAAAAAGUCGAAAACAGAUUCAGACUACAAGCUGAGAGUCUGAUCCAAACUGGCCAAGCCUCUCUCCAGAGAGACAACAUGGAACGUCGAAUACCUCAGCCCCCUCCACAAAGGGCACCAAGCCCGCCAGUUCGCACAACCAAGAGACUCCCAAGUCCAGUCCGACAGUCAUCUAUUCCUGGCCAUGUACGACCAGAUGAAUUGUACGGACAAUCGAGCACCGCUGGAGAUAAUCUUGAUGUCCCUAAUCAGGAUGACGUCGAAACCCGAUCCGCUUUGAUCAGACACGCAAGAGCACAACCGCUUCCCCAUCCCCAUGAUCAGUCUGGGGAAUAUGCACAAGGAUAUUACGAUGAUGAUCGGGAAUAUCAAACCAAUCGCGGAAGGUCAGAGGGUUAUGAUCCGCUUGCCGGCCGAGUUGCUCAAUUUGGCCAACAUUUUCACUUACAUGGCGACGCAGCCACAUUCCUGUAUAACCUCGUCUUUAUGACAGAGGUGGUACAACACGGAAAGGCUCCACGAGCUCCCAGUUCGUCUGGCGCAACUCGAGGGGGCUCGAAUGACGAUCCCUCAUACUACUCUGAUGAGCUGUACUCCGAUAGUGAUUCCUACACAGACACGGAAGGCUUUGACAAGGCCGAUGAUUCUAUGAACCAUAGGUCGGGUUUGAAGAUCCCCACAAGAAAUGUGUAUCGAAGACCCCAGGAGCCUGCACGAGUUGUCAACCAGCUCCUCCUAGCUUGGACGUCACUUAGCCAGAGUGAAAUUGAGAAGAAUGUUGCAGAUGAGAAGCCCACCACGACACAGAGUUCCUAUUAUAAGAAUGCCUAUGUCGAGAGUGAUGAUGAAAGCGAAAAUGAAGGUGUGAAGAGCGCAAAGGAAAGAAGCAACUGGCCCCAUAGAGAAGAAGACUCAAUACCUGGCUCUCCAAAUCCCUCAAGCCACCAGAUAGAAACCCCACAAGCAGAUGGUCCUCGACGUGGCACCGUUCGUCCUCUCGAGCAGCCUUAUCAGUAUAAAUAUUUUCAGCCAGGCAUCACUGCCCCGUACGACCCACGCAUGGCUCCAAAUCAUUUCAGCCAUCAGCAGAAUAAUCAUCCAAUUUACGAUCCUUGGGGUUACCCAUAUGCAGUUCCAGCUUGGCAACCUCUACCACCAACACCAGCACCACCUGAAGCAUCUACAAUAAAUGUUGCCCCCCAGGAGCCGCCUCCCAAGGAAUCUUCGAAGCCCAAGUUCCAAAAGCCACAUGUCCUUGUGCUUCCGCAUGCAGAUGAGGCCGAUUCGGAAAUUGGGAAUAUGACGCCCAAGCUUGAUAUUUCGCCAUGCCGGAAAAUGAGUAUUGUUAGACAGGGUGAAGAAGCUGUAUGGAACUCAGACGAUUACAAUUCCAAGAACAGCAUCCCUGGGAAAUCAAUCAUGGGAACGCUUAUUGGAGACAAGACGGCUAGAAACCCACAUGGUCUGGAUCUAGCACAUACCUUGAUACGAGGUCAGGAUAUGAAAUUGAUAUACAUACGAGGGAGUGAAUCAGAGCUUGGAGAAACUUGGUUCAUCAACGAGCAGCCCGUCUUUCUACAAUUCUUUCAUUGUGGAUAUAUCCCGCAGUUCUAUCCAACCAAAGAAUCGGACAUCAAAGCUAUGAAGCAGGAGUACGUAGCCGUGGGCGAGGAAUGGGCUAGCUUCGAAGCCCUGAAUCAGUUGGGACUAUCCAACAAAGGAAGAGAAGAAGGUAGAGUGCUUUUGGAUCCAAAUAUAACAUGGUCCAUGGUUAAAGAACUCGCCAUCACGACGCUCCAACUCAGAAGUAUGCGGCAAAGACGUCUUUACACCACCACGUUCUACAACUCAAUAGCUACUUUCCGAGAGAAGCACUGUGGAGCAAUUCCAGAGCCGUCGGCAGUGCCCGGAUACCCCAAUAGCCUGCAUCAUCUUAUGCUAAACCCACAGCCAGUUUUGACACUUGAAGGCACGAAACCUGAUGCCUUCAAGUUCUUGGUAAAAGAAGAAGCCAAGACUGAAGAUGCCGCCAGGAGGCAAACACUUGACACAAAAAGUACGCAGCCACAGAUCGCCGUUACACCACCACCUACGCCACAGGAGUCUUCUUCCCCUGAAUUUGACACAAGUGAUAUGGUCUCAACAGUGUCUACAAGGUCAAGAUUCUCCAGGCUUGUGAAUCGUUGUAAACAUGGGCGAAAGCAGAGUCAGUUGUCACCACCGCUGCAGAAACAUGGAUCCCGGGGAAGCGAUAAUGGAACUGUGACGGAGGGGUUUGAGGACGAUGAUAAUAGACCCGUGACACCGACGGACUCUGGUGUUGGAAGUUCCAUUAAUUGA